ACCAUUUUGUGACUGUAGUGAAAAAGGAUUCAUAUAGUUUUUAAUCCCUGUCUGAGUUUGUGUUGGGAGGGGGGCAAAGAUCUUUAACGGAGGACCGACAGAAAGUAAAAUUCCCGACAGAAAGAAGACAUGGACGGACGUCGCACGCCACUUCGGACUAAACGGGAGAGCCCAUCUGCAAUUUGCACCGUAAAUCCAUCGGUUAGCACGUAUUUUUGCUGUUUUUGGUUGUUGUGAAGAAAAGCAGUACUAAAAACAACCUCAAAAGAGCCUAUUAAAAGACAGAAGGACAACAAAUUGGAGACAUAUCCUAAAGUUGUCGAAACGAAAAAAUGAGGCCACCAAAGAAACAGAGAGGACGCUCUCCUUUAUCAGCAAGAGCAAAAGGAGCGAGAAAACGUGCCAGCAAGCUUGAUGGACAUUCAAGAACAACACAGCCUGCACUUUCACCCCAGAAACAAACAUCUAAAGCAGACAGCGCUCAGGACAAGCAAAUCAAGAGUAACAACAUCCCAAACAGGGAUGGGCUUAGAGAACAAUCAAGAGAAAGAACAGUGGGAACAUCAAAAGCCGAGGAAAACAUAGUUAUAGUAAAUAAAGCAAGAAGCCCAAGGAACAUUAUCACAAAGAAUUUAGCAGAAAAUACAGACUCAAUUAAGAUAGCCAGCAAUGCACAUGAAAAUGUAUACAAUAAUAGCACAGACAUAUCUAGUACAAAUACACAAAACUCUUCUAGCACAAUCAGUAAAGGUAGCAACCAACAUGCAAGCAGCACUGCUGGCAACACACAAAAUACAAACUCUGUAGCCAGUGGUUUAAAUAAAAGCAACUCUUUCAGUGCCAACCACACUACUACAACACUCUCAAGUCGAAAAACAGCCACUUUCAAAGCCAGGGUGCCCAAGAAGAAAUACAUGUAUGAACAUCAGGCUUCCGUUAUCUCUCCCAUCAGUUUAACCCCUGACUUUCCCUCACACACUUUUUAUAGCAACCAUCUAGGUUCCUCACACACCUCAAUUCCUCAGAACAGUACUGUAACUGAUUUGGUUAAAACAGAGAGUUCUGAUCUGGAAAUUAGUAGAAAUAGCAGUAAAGAAAUUUGCAAAAUUGCAAGCACAGAAUCUCAAAAAGUAAAUGAAUCUAUGGGUAAUUUGAUGAAAAGCAAGGUGGCAUCUGCCGGAGAGAAAGUUGUGCAAACAGCAGAAGCGGAUGGAUAUGGGGAGCAAGCCCCAAAUUCUGUGCGUUCUUCAUCUACAGACACAGCCAGUGAACAUUCUUUGGAUCUAGAGGUGCUAGAGCACUCCGGCGUGCAACAAAAUUCAGGGAGUCAUGUAAGGGUAUCAGAAAGACUGCUGCCUAACAAUUCAACCCUGCCUGACCAACAGAACGCACAGAGAGGAUCUGCAGCAAUAUCAGAAGCACUAGCUAAAGGACUGAAAAACCAAAGAGUGCUAGCACGUAGACGUCCAAGAACUAAUGAAAAAGAAUGCGGGACCCUAAACAAGGAAUGUGUAUUUUUUUGCGGUGUGGUGCGUGGGUCCAAUAAAGAGCAGCUGAAUGUAGAGUUGCAGGUUAAUGGGGAGAGGAUGCUGCUCUCAUAUCCAUUUCAUACAUUAGUUAGUCGCCCACACCAACCCAUUGACCUCAUUUUAGACGCCCCACCCCCAGGAAAUGAACUUGUGGAGGUUGGGACGCGUGUUUGUGUGCCUUACAGAGGAGAUAAAGGUAAAGAGUGCUUCAGAGAAGGUGUGGUGGCUCAGGUAGACUCUCAUUCAGCUGUUGCAUUCCCCUACAUGGUGCUUUUACAGGAGGAGCCGGAGCAAAAGAAAGAGAAGUGCACCAGUGAGGAGUCACAACAGACAUCAAGUAAUCAGACUGUUUGGGUGGCCCGCCAAAACCUGCGCCUCCUUGUUCCACCAUGGGAUGGGGUUAUGAGGGAGAAAGAGCGAGAGGAAAGAGAGCACAUGGAGGAGAUGGAAGUAGAGAGGGAGCUAUGUCAGUUAAGUGAGGGAUUGGAUUUGGAAACUGCAGGUCCUCUCAGGGAAAACUGCAGAUUCCCAUCUCCAGGGGUUCAUCGCUAUGAAAGCACACAUCUUUCAUCUUCCACUUCACCAGCAGUUGUGAUGGUAGCAAAAAAUAUUUUUAAUAUAGCAGCUAGAAAAGUGUGUGAAGAAACAGGGAAUAGAGAAAGAGUUAGAGACAGAGAGCAUGAGCGAAAACAAUUGCAGACCCCAGAGGUGGACAUGGAAGUUUUGCAGCUUAACAUGACACCUCUUAGAGUUGGAGGACCCUUAGUCUCAGGGGAGCCAAAAAGUGGGCCUAAUAACCACAGACACAUUCUUUCCAAACCUCCUGGGUAUCCAAGUCCCAUUACAGUGAUGCGAGGCACCUCUGGGACAUCUUUAGUAAGUCCACAGCCAACCCCUUUACCUGUAAUUUUAGGGUCUGAUGGAGGGAUCGCUCAUCAUAUGCCACCCUCUGUGCCUCCUUCCCCUAACUCUAGGGGGUCUUUGACACCUCUGGAAAAGACUCCUACACAGUCACAGACCUCCACCCCAAUUCCAGGGAGUUCUGCCUCAUCUUCUGCUUCUUCCUCAAGAUCAAGGACACCUUUGUCAGCUAACCAACAGAAAUACAAAAAAGGUGAUGUGGUCUGUACGCCUAAUGGAAUACGUAAGAAGUUCAACGGGAAACAGUGGAGGCGCUUGUGUUCACGGGAAGGUUGCAUGAAAGAGUCCCAACGUCGUGGUUACUGUUCUCGCCAUCUUUCCAUGCGUACCAAAGAAAUGGAGGGAGCAGCUGGAGAGAGAGGGAUUGGAGGUGGUGGAGGGAGCAGCUCAGGGACUGUCACCCCUUCAGAUCUGCGGGGUCGUGCUAGCAGUGAAUUUGAUUGGGAUGAGACUUCUCGGGACAGCAGUGAAACAAGCAGCCGAGGUACCGACUCUCGCCCACGUCUUGGAUUGCCAUCACUGCUUCCUCAGGAUUUCUCUCGCUUUGACUUUGAUGAGUGCGAAGCUGCAACUAUGCUGGUAUCCCUGGGCAGCUCAAGGUCUGUAACACCCUCAUUCUCACCAAUUUCCAAUCAGUCCCCAUUCUCACCCACACCUUCUCCAUCUCCUUCACCACUUUUUGGUUUUCGCCCUGCAAACUUCAGCCCCAUCACUGCCUCACCAGUCCUACCUCCCCGCCGCCACAGACAGCCCAGUGGUACAAACAGUUGUGCCGCAAAACAUGGAACAGGAGGUCUAGAGAGAGAAAAAGACAGACACGUGUCUGGUAUUGUGCCAUCCUUUCACACCAGUCUAACUUUCACUGUACCCAUGAGCCCGGGCAGACGCCGGACGGAUGCCCCACCUCCCCCGACUUCACUUUCACAGGAAUGUGCCAAACCUGAUCAGGAACAAAUCAAUCAUGAUCCUUCUCUUGUAACAAAUGUCUGCAUUAUCACUCCUCACACAACGACUGUCACACUCCCACAAAGACUUCCUUCAACCACUGCCUCUUCCCCACCAGCUUCACCCUUGAUCGUAGAGUCAGGUUCACAGUGUACAGUCUCUCAGCAACCUUUGAGAGAUUCUCCGGUAAUAGUGAGAAAUCCCGAGGUUCCUCUAAUAAAGUUUACAGAACUUCCACUGGCUAGAGUUGCAGAGGUGGACAGGACCAUUUCCACAGAAAAUAACCAAAAUGGUGUACAGUCAAUGACAGGAUUACAGGUUCCUGUACCAAUUAACGCUUCUUCCACUAAUGGACCAGUCUUACUGCAAAACCCCUCCUCAACUCUUGUUCUAGUGUCUACUACCUCUUCCAUUCUAAACCCAAACCCUGCAGGUCUACCUACGCAUUCCAGCGCCACCUUGGCCUGCAUUUCAGUGCCUAGCCCUGCCCCAGGGCCUGGUCUCAUUGGUGCAGAUUGUGGAGGAGGACAGGAUACGAGUGGUCCAGUGAUGGUGCAGCAGCCUGUCCCUUGUCAUCCUGCUCCCACUGCUUUGCUGCCACUCAUACUUCCCACGGAGACCCUGCAUCCUGUGCCCUGCAAAGAAAUCAUCAUGGGGCGACCUGGAACUGUGUGGACUAAUGUUGAGCCCAGAUCGGUUCCAGUUUUUCCUUGGCAUUCAUUGGUUCCUUUCCUGGCACCCACCCAAUCAGAUCCAUCGGCUCAACCUGGUGAGGGCCAACAAACUGUCAGUCAUCCGCAGACAGCCUCUCUGAAAAAGGAGUCUCAGAGUGGCUCAGUGCUAAAGGAGAUUAUAGAGGGGGCACCAAAUCCUUCCUCACGCCCCGCUCCCUCUGUCGAUGAACUGCCCCCAGAGAGGGAGAAGGAUGUGGAGCGGGAGAGACCCGACAGUGAAACUGAAAGUGACGUGGAUGAUGCGUUUUUCCCGGGUGUUCUUCCUGAUCCGCCAAUCUCUGCAUCUCCUGGAAAGCGUAGAUCUCAGUCCCUCAGUGCACUGCCCAAAGAUGACAAAAACAGCCCUGGCAAGAGGGAAAAAGAUCACAUCCGCAGGCCCAUGAACGCUUUCAUGAUAUUCAGCAAACGCCAUCGUGCGCUGGUUCAUCAGAGACACCCAAACCAGGACAACCGCACAGUCAGCAAGAUACUAGGAGAAUGGUGGUAUGCCUUGGGACCCAAAGAAAAACAAAAGUACCACGACCUUGCAUUUCAGGUGAAGGAGGCACACUUUAAGGCACAUCCUGACUGGAAGUGGUGUAAUAAGGACAGGAAGAAAUCCAGCAGUGAGGGGCGUGGCAUUCCAGGGGGAAAAGAGAUCCGUGAGCGAAGCAUGUCAGAAACCACAGAACCACCAGCUGUGUCAAUAGGGGUGGAGCUUAAAGGGGUGGGACCCGGAAUGGUGUCAGAGCGAAGUGGAGGUGAGGGACACAGUCAACUGACCCGGCCCCGAGCCUUCUCUCAGAGCGCCAUGCAUACUCUGGAGAGGAGCGAGAGAGGCAAUCCACAGGCUUUAGCUGAGCUCGCACAGAUGUGUGGUGAUGGUGGUCAAGUUUCUGGGCGGGGUGCUCUCUCUCAGACGCAGAGGGGGGUAAGUGAAGACAUGACUAGUGACGAAGAGCGCAUGGUCAUCUGUGAGGAAGAGGGAGAUGAUGAUGUCAUUGAGGACUCAUACCCAGGAAGCUCUAUUGACUUGAAGUGUAAGGAGAGGGUGACGGAUAGCGACAGUGAAAAUGGAUCUGGAGAUGAAGGAGAACGCAAGAGGGUUUUUGCUCCAGUGAUUUGCUCCUCAUCUUACGGCCCUGGUAGUGGUCGAAGCAUAUCUCUGUCCUCGUACCCCACCUCCAGACCCUUUAGCGAUGUUUCCUCAAAGAGGAAGCGGACAAUAGAGGGAGGUGAUGGAGAACGAAGGGAAGGUGAUGGUAUGUCACAGUCUCUCCCCCAGUCCUCUAUGGGUCAGUCCAUCCUGGUCAGCUCUGGCGGGGGAGUGUCGUCAGUACUUGGAGCAGUGAGAGUGGCAUCCACCGUUGUUACCAAUGUGGUGCGUCCAGUCAUCAGCACGCCAGUGCCGAUCGCCAGCAAGUCCCCACACGACAGGAAACUCGCCCCGCCCCAAACGCAACUUCUCAUCGGACCUGGUGCCACAGGAAAUGUCCAGGCAGCUGCUGCUGGAGGGGGUGGGUACUAUUCUUCAUCAUCGCCCAAUCCUGUUGCAUCAGCGGGUCAAGGCGGUCUGGUGACCAAUUUAGUUUUGGGAGGCACAUUUCAAGCCCCACCCACUGUACAGCUCGUCACACCUCCUUCACAAAACCCGGCCUCCCCUGCAUCGGCUCCACUUACUCAUAGUAAUGGUCCACUGCCUCUGUCUGUGCUGCAGCCUCACGUUCUGCCCUCUGCCUCAUUAGCGCCCUCAUCAGGCCAAAAACAGAUAACGCAAGUCCAGUACAUUCUCCCAACCCUCUCAACCAACAAUCCCAAGAGCCCCUCCCCUCAUCAAACCAGUCAGCCAACCAGUAUCUUCACCCUACCCACAGCUCUACCCACUCAUGCUUCCUUGGCAAAUGGGAAACAGUCAGGAUAUGUCUCCAAUCCUGCCGUGGGAGUGGUUAACCCAGGAGCCAGAGUGCAAACACAGUCACCAGUCUUGCAGGGCAAGAUGCUGGUUCCCAUGGCAACAGUGAGGGCUGCUCCUGCCCCUUCUCAGCAGUUUCCCUUGGUAGCCCCUCCUCUUCCUGUACAGAAUGGAGCACAGGCGGGAAGCAAGAUUAUACAGAUUGCUCCCAUGCCUGUCGUCCAGUCUCAGCUCCCAUCUGCUGGACCAGUGCAACCCGGGAGCCCGUUUUCUGUUACUAUGGGAACAGCUACAGUGGUCGCCCCAGGCUCUACCCCGUCUCAGACGGUGCUGCUACCACCCCCACCUACAAGAAUCACUUAUGUACAGUCCACUCCUGGGGUUCCCUCUCCUUUGCCAUUAGUUCCCAUGACAACAGGCUCCUCCUCUCAGGCAGCUUCAGCAACACCUGGAUCUGCUUAUGUGCCAUCGCCUUUGCCAACGUUUGCAGCGAUUGCUCAUCCAGGACAGGCUAUGGUGCAGCCACUGAUUGCAGGUCAGCCAUCUCUGCUUGCCCCAGCCCAGUCACCCAGUGCCCCUCACGCUUCAGCCAUCACCACCAUAUACACCCCAACAAAUGUGACUUUGGCAUCCGGGGUGGUGUCUAUGGCGACGGUGUCACCCAGUGUGGUGUACACCGUGUCCAGUCCUUCUAGCCUGUCUCCCCACAUCCUUCCUAAACACACCACAACAAACUCUGUGACCUCAGAUAGGCAGGGGAACGUGCCAUCACACUCUGAGCGUCAGCUGCACCAGGAUAGAGCACCUGACCGGCAGCAUGCCGACGGCAUGUAUUCACAAUCCUCUGACAGGCAGUCGGAGAAGAUCUCAGUCUCUCAGAUGGACAAACAGUUCCAGGCCCCCAGUAAAAGCAGCAGCAGCUCAACUGCUCCCCCGCCAGGAUCUUCAGUGCCAUUGCAGCCUGGGAGCCCUGCUCCACCCUCUCAUCCUGGCAGUGCUCCUGGCACUCCCAAACUUAUCACAGCAAGGCCUCCUCAGAAGGUGAAAGCCACAGUGGCCAACAUUCCUGUGGGCAGCUAUGAUGGAGGGGGAAGAGGAAAAGAGAGGGAAAAGGAGAGGGAUCGGGAGAAAGAUAGAGAACAAGAUAAGGACAAAGAUGGUGGGAGUCGAUUCUCAUUCGAGGUGGACAAGGCGAGUGAGACCAGCUCCCCUGCAGCCCUCCCACCAGAGGAGGGGACCGCAGAAGGCACUUCUCACUCUGUAGCGGAGAGCGGUCCUGCCAGUGGGCGUGGCAAAGAGGCAAGCGCCAAAGAGGACUCCUGUCCUUCCUCCCCAUUACCUCCUCCAUCUGGAUCAGAUCCUGCUCAGCCUCACAGUGAUAAAGAUGCACCACCUGCUAAAAAAGUCAAGGCUCGCCCCCCACCUCUCAAACGACCAUUUGAUUCUGUUGACAGGGUCCUGUCAGAUGUGUACUUUGAGGAGCGCUUCGCAGAGCUGCCUGAAUUCCGUCCAGAGGAGGUUCUGCCCUCUCCGACCCUGCAGAGUCUCGCCACCUCCCCACGAGCCAUAUUGGGCAGCUACCGCAGGAAGAGAAAAAACUCCACCGACUUGGACUCAUCCACCGAAGAUCCAAUCUCUCCUAAAAGAAAAAGCCGUCGCAGAUCUAGCUGCAGCUCAGAGCCCAGCACACCUAAAAGCGCUGCCAAGUGUGAGGGGGACAUUUUCACCUUUGAAAGGCCAGAUGGAGAGGAUAUACUGGGGGAGUUGGAGUUUGAUAAGGUGCCCUAUUCCUCUCUUAGGAGGACUCUUGAUCAAAGAAGAGCUCUUGUUAUGCAGCUAUUCCAGGAACAUGGCUUUUUCCCCUCAGCUCAAGCUACUUCUGCGUUCCAGGCGAGAUAUGCAGAUAUCUUCCCCACUAAGGUGUGCUUACAGCUCAAGAUUCGCGAGGUCCGACAGAAGAUCAUGCAGACGGCAGCUCCGUCGGAAUCGCCUGGCAUUUCAGACCCCUUGUCGUUACCGGGACCUUCCGGGGCAAUGCCCAGUGAAAGAGGGGGAGGGACUGAGCCUCAGGAGAAAGAAGCAGAGAGAGAGGGGGAGCUGAACAGCCAAGAGGAGCCCAGAAACGCUGGCGAUUCACAGGACUCCACCAGAUGAGGUUGAUGGACAGCUGAAAAGAGAGAUUGAAGAGCAGAACUCUCCCCUCAACAUCUGCAUAAUCCACAUUUGUUGUCUUGUCUCUGCUCAGAAGGAUGCGCUACAGACGUGCAAAAUUUAAUGGAGCAGAUAAGGGGAGAAGAUUGGGGUGUUGAACCUUAAUUCCUCAGUAUUUUAUGUUGCUAAACAAACAAUUUCAAAUAAGUUACAUUGAUAUACAUAAAGACAUUUGCAUACACCUCUGUGCAUCGUCCUAAAUAUACACACUUGAAUUUACAGCAUUAUAUUAGUCUUUAGGCUUCCUUUGGACUUUGAGAAUAAAGGAUUGUGGGCACGUCCUAAGCCAGUGAUGUCACGCCGUUGAUGCGUCUAGAAGGCGGGACAUGUGAGGGCACCCAAUCCCUUUUAAGACUGAGUCGUGUUUUUAUGGCCUGAUUGGCAGUAGCUUGGCCACUGGUUUUUUAUUGGCUCACGGGUUGCUGCCGGUCAUUGUGAGGCUGGCCUCCAUUGACUGAGUUUAAGUGAUAAUGAAGACUUUAAUUUUUGAUAUUUUGUUUGAUUUUUGACUUUUCACGGAAAGCUUUGUUAAGGCACUGAAUACCUUUGAUGAGGGACUCGUUUUGAACCGUGUGCUGCCAUUCACAAACCUUUGCAUCCUAUGAUUGGCGCGAGUGGUUGUCAGUCAAACUGGAUUCAUUCCAAAGCCUGUGAUUGGCUAGCCAUGAAGGAAAAAGGUAAAGGAAGGGAAGUCAACAGGCACAUUAUUGCCCUUGAUUUAUGUUUUUCCAUAUAUUAAGAGAUUCCACGUAUUUAAACAUUUCUCUACCUACCAUUUUUGUAUUUUACUUUUCAUGAGCUGGUGAACCACGGAGCAAGGAGAAUGUCUGGAAUAUAUUAAGAAUUUACAUCUUAAGAAUUGUUAUUAAUGUUUUAGAGAAAGACACUUGAUUUUCAGCACACUUUUACAGGUCAUUAUGUUAUCAAAUUUCUCAUUAUUACUGUUCUUAUUAAUGUUUUGUUGUUCUUGUGGAUCAGAUCCUUAUAAUCGAUAUAAUACUGUAUUCCUAUUAUUAUAGUAUACACUCUUUUUUUU